AUGGAAAUUGUCUCAGAAAACCUGCUCUUGCCUUGCUUUAUCCUAUCAUGUUUCUUUAUUUUUACCACGGUACGAUUCCUACGUAGCUCUCCACGGUCUGCCACGCUGCCUCCUGGACCUCCAUGUUUACCGAUCAUAGGUAACAUUCACCAAGUCGGUAAACUCCCACACCGUUCAUUCGCGAACCUCUCGAAAACAUACGGACCAAUCAUGCGUCUAAAGUUUGGACGUUUAAACACAGUGAUUGUAAGUACACCAGAAGCUGCAAGAGAGGUUUUAAGAACACACGAUCAAGCCUUGUCUAGCCGUAACUCUCCUAACUCAAUACUGUCCAUCAAUCACCACAACGUUUCCGUUGCCUGGACUGAUCCGUCGUCACCCCGUUGGAGACUGUUGAGAAGACUUUCGGUGACUCAGCUAUUUUCACCGCAGCGCGUUGAAGCCACGAAAGCUCUGCGUAUGAAGAAGGUGCAAGAACUUGUGAGCUUCGUGAAUGAGUGUAGUGAGAGAGAAGAGGCUGUUGAUAUUUCUCGUGCAUCUUUCACCACGGUUCUUAAUAUCAUAUCGAACAUUUUGUUUUCGGUUGAUCUCGGUAGCUACGGCUCGGAAAAAUCCGCUGGGUUUCAUGACUCAGUUCUUGGAGGCAUGGAAGCUGCUGGGAGGCCAGACCUAGCUAACUUCUUCCCGUUUCUUGCGUUUCUUGAUCUGCAAGGUAAUAGCAAAAAGAUGAAGUUAUGUACAGAGAGGUUGUUUAAGGUUUUCCGAGGGUUCAUUGACACUAAAACUGCGGAAAAAUCAUUGCCGAAUAAUCCAAAAGAUGCUUCCAACAGCGAUUUUUUGGAUGCGAUUCUUGAUGAAGCAGAACUCGACAAUAAUGAUAUUGAACACCUUCUUUUAGACAUGUUUAUAGCAGGCACGGACACAACCUCUAGUACCCUAGAAUGGGCAAUGGCUGAGUUACUUAGUAACCCUGAAACGAUGGCUAAAGCUCAGGCCGAGAUUGAAUGUAUGAUAUGCCAAAAUGGGCUGGUUCAAGAGCCUGAUAUCUCAGAACUGCCAUAUCUACAAGCGGUUGUGAAAGAAACUUUCCGUUUGCACCCAACUGUCCCUCUUCUUCUCCCAAGAAAAGCUGAGACCGAUGUACAGAUUUUUGGAUACCUUGUGCCUAAAGAUGCUCAAGUUUUGGUAAACGUGUGGGCCAUAGGACGAGACCCGAAUGUGUGGGAGAACCCGAGCCGUUUCGAGCCAGAAAGGUUUUUGGGCGAAGAUAUUGAUGUGAAAGGUAAAGAUUAUGAGUUAAUACCAUUUGGGGCGGGACGAAGAAUUUGUCCAGGAUUACCUUUGGCUGUGAAGAUGGUAUCUCUUAUGCUUGUUUCUCUUCUUUAUGCCUUUGACUGGAAGUUUCCAAACAUGGUCGACAUGGAUGAAACCUUUGGUAUUACUUUGCACAAGGCCAAACCGCUACAUGCGGUUCCCGUUAAAAAAAAAUCGCCACUACUUAAACAUUUGUAAGACUUAUAGUCAACCUCUAUAUUUUCCUCAAAAGUACUAAAUAAACUCUAAAAAUAAAAGUGGAUUUCAUUGUAAUGUAUCCUUAAUUGUUUGAGUAAAAACU